AUGGAAUCUGGGUUUCCCACAGAGGCUCUUCAUACACACCUUGAGAAAGGAAAUACUGUGACUGUUUUAGUAAAGAAAGACAGAAGUGUAAGAGGCACAUUAUCCCUGAUUGAUAAGCAUAUGAAUCUUCUUCUUCAGGAUGCAGUAGAGACAAGAACGCAGCAGCCGUGCAUGCACCGUGGGAAAAAAAGGCAAAGCCCGAGGACGUUCACGCGCAAUUUGGGGUAUGUAUUUAUUCGAGGGCAGUCUGUAAUUGCAGUCUACACAGAAGAAUAG